AUGAGUUCCUUAAAACAAUUCAUCCGCAACGUGCGUGCGGCCAAGACGAUUGCAGACGAGCGAGCGGUCAUCCAGAAAGAGAGCGCCGCCAUCAGAGCCAGUUUCCGCGAGGAGGGCCACGACCAUAGCAUACGAGUGCUCAUGGGCAACUGGAACAGGCGUAACAAUGUCGCGAAACUACUCUACCUCUUCACCCUCGGCGAGCGAACUCACUUCGGCCAGGUCGAAUGCCUGAAGCUGCUUGCGUCCCCGCGGUUUGCGGAUAAGCGUCUCGGUCAUCUUGCUACAAGCUUACUGCUCGACGAAAAACAAGAGGUCCUGACGCUGGUGACCAACUCGUUGAAGAACGACUUGAGCCACUCGAACCAAUAUGUUGUCGGACUCGCCCUCUGCACUCUCGGAAACAUUGCGUCCGAUGAAAUGUCGAGAGAUCUGUUUCCCGAGAUUGAGAACUUGAUUUCAACCGCAAAUCCAUACAUCAGGAGGAAGGCCGCCCUCUGCGCAAUGCGGAUAUGUCGCAAGGUGCCAGACCUGCAAGAGCACUUCAUCGAAAAGGCCACCGCGCUUCUCUCCGACAGAAAUCACGGCGUUCUUCUUUGCGGCCUGACUCUGGUUACGAGUCUCUGCGAGGCUGACGAGGAAGAAGGAGGCGAGGAGGGCAUGGUUGAGAAGUUCAGGGCAUUUGUGCCUGUGCUUGUCAAGACGCUCAAGGGCCUUUCGACGUCAGGAUAUGCCCCGGAGCACGAUGUCACGGGCAUUACCGACCCCUUCCUGCAAGUCAAGCUUCUGCGGUUGCUGCGAGUGCUGGCCGUCGGCGAUGCCCACACGAGCGAGCAGAUCAACGACAUCUUGGCGCAGGUCGCGACCAACACCGAUUCGUCCAAGAACGUCGGAAACUCGAUUCUUUACGAGGCCGUGCUUACUAUUCUGGAUAUCGAGGCCGAUUCGGGUUUGAGAGUCCUUGGUGUCAACAUCUUGGGCAAGUUCCUUACCAACCGAGACAACAACGUCCGCUACGUCGCGCUCAACACCCUCAUCAAGGUGGUUGCCAUUGAGCCCAAUGCCGUCCAGAGGCACCGGAACACCAUCUUGGAGUGUCUGAGAGAUCCCGAUAUCAGCAUACGGAGGAGGGCUCUCGACCUGAGCUUCACCCUCAUCAACGAAUCCAACGUCCGGGUGCUCAUCAGGGAGUUGCUGGCCUUUUUGGAAGUUGCAGACAACGAGUUCAAGCCAACCAUGACUAGCCAGAUUGGAAUUGCCGCCGAUAGAUAUGCCCCGAACAAGCGAUGGCAUUUUGACACCAUGCUACGAGUCAUGUCACUGGCGGGCAACUACGUCAAGGAGCAGAUUCUCUCGUCAUUUAUUCGACUCAUUGCCACUACCCAGGAGCUCCAGACGUACGCCGUGCAGAAGCUGUAUACUAACCUUAAGAAAGAUAUUACCCAAGAAAGCUUGACCCAGGCUGGUGCCUGGUGCAUAGGAGAGUAUGGCGAUGCGCUGCUCAAGGGUGGGCAGUAUGAAGAGGAGGAGCUUGUCCAGGAGGUCAAGGAGGGCGAUGUUAUCGACCUGUUUUCCCUCAUCCUCAACAGCAGCUAUGGCACGCAGGUGACGACGGAAUACAUUGCCACUGCUCUCAUGAAGCUCAGCACGCGAUUCUCCGAGGCCGCUCAGGUAGAAAAGGUGCGGCGCAUCCUGCAAACGCACCAGACCAGCUUGGAUGUGGAGGUGCAGCAGCGAGCUGUGGAAUACGGUAACCUGUUUGCAUUUGACCAGGUUCGCCGAGGUGUGCUUGAGAAGAUGCCGCCUCCACAGAUCAAGGAGGAGUCGAGGGUGCUGGGCCGGGCUCCUUCAAAGAAGGCCAAGAAUGCCAACAGAAAAUCCAAAAUCCUCAAGCCUACCGAGCAGGACCUUUUGGACAUUAUGGAUUCGCCGGCCACCAUUGCUGCGCCCCCAAACGGAUCCCAAGCAACCAACUCGGAUCUCCUUGCCGACAUUCUCGGGGGCGGAUCCCCGGCGCCGCCCACGUCUGGCUCCCCCGGGCCUCAGCAGUCCAACAUUUCCUCCAUCAUGGACCUCUUUGGCCCGGGGCCGGCCGCCCAAGGUACCCCGUCACCAGCCCCUGCUUCGUCCGGCCUGGAUAUCCUGGCGGCAUCCUCACCACCACCACAGCAACCGCAAUCACCAGCAGCCCAGGGCCAAACAUGGCUUCCGUGCUACAAUGCCAAUGACCUCAACGUGACCAUGCAGAUUCAGCGUAACGCGGCGGGACUCAUCCAGGCCGUGGCUCGAUUCCACAACACUGGGUCUGUUCCUCUAUCUGGUGCCGGAUUGCAAGCAGCUGUUCCAAAGACUCAGAAGCUGCAGCUGCUACCUAUUGCAUCCGAGGAGAUUGGACCCGGAGCAGAGACCACUCAGGUGAUGAGAGUAUCUGGUUGCAAGGGGCCACUGCGAUUGCGACUGCGUCUCGCAUUCUCCCACCCUGCGGCAGGGCAGGUUGUGGACCAGGUGAAUUGGUCGGAGCAAUCGACGACAUUUGGUGGGACGGCGUUGAUGAAGAGGAUGGCGUCCAAGGGGAGGGAGGGACAUCUUGAGAGGACGGCGGGGGAGCCGAGAGAUGCGGAUCUUCAUGAGGUGCGGCUGAGUCGGAUUGACCAGGUCAAUGAGAGGGUGAGACUGUUUCGCCUAGAUCUUGUCGCUGGUCCCAUCAAGUUUCUGCCCGGCCAAUGGCUCGACACGUACAUCCCCGGCGUAGUCAAAGCAGGCGGCUUCACAAUCACGUCCGCCCCCUCGGCCGCCCUCGCCAAUGUUUCUCCUCAUCUCGAGCUCGCGGUGCAAGAAUCGCCGGACAACGAGCCCGCGGCGUGGCUGUGGCGUCCCGAGAGUGAGAUUCUGGGGGAGGCGCUGCGUGUUCGCGUGGGUGGUAAGUUUGUCUUUCCGCCGGCCGAGGGGGUGCCGAAAAAGGUGGUUUUCGUUGCUGGCGGCGUGGGCGUGAAUCCUCUUGUGAGUAUGUUGAGUUGUAUUGCUGAGGGGAGCGGGAGGGGCCCCGUUGAUGUGAGGUUUAUUUACGCGAGUAAGCUUCCCCCGAGGAGCGGCAAGCUUUCGGAUAUUGUCUUCCUUGACAGGAUCACGGCUUUGUUCGGGGAGGAUAAAGUAAAGGGCGAGGUGAAGCUGUAUGUGACGGCGGCGGGAAAUGCUGUGUCUCAGGGGACGACGUCUAUCAACGGGGCUCAGGUGGAGGUACAGCCUCGACGGCUUACCAUGGCGGAUGUGGAGGCGGCGAUUGGGGAUCGUGAGGAUCAAGGGACGGUGGUGUAUGUUUGUGGACCGCCGACGAUGACGGACGAGCUUGUUGAGAAGCUUGCGGCCGUCGUGGAUCCCCAGCGAGUUUUGACGGAGAGAUGGUGGUGA